UACAGACAUACAGACACGCAUUGUCUUUUCAUAGUCACCGCCUGUCACCACAAUGUAUAUAUUUACUGAAAAUAAUCGAAAUUCAUGCUAGUUGGUUUUUCAUUUAUUUAUUUAAUAAAAGUUUUCGCAGUUGUGCUAUUUCUGCACACAGCUGAUCGACCACUGUUAGGCUGGCACGCACACUCAGUCACACACUCAGACGAAACUUGAUGUCAAAGCAUUCUUUUACGCUAUUUCUAAAGUUGUCUAGUAGUUCGGACGUUUUCAAAAAUAUUUUUCCAUAUAAGUGGACGACACUUUGUUUCUCCUUUUAACACACGUCAAACAAAUUUCAAAUAUCUAACUCAUUGUCUUCUGUGUGUCAUUUUGCAACGAAAUUUUGACAACUAGUUAGUCUAUGUGGCCUAAAACUACAAAAUUUCUAGCCCGUUGAUUUGUCAAGGGAUAUAUUGAAAUUAAUUAUAAAGAAAAUUAUGUCAGCCAAGGAAAUUAAGCUAAAACCAAAUAUAAAUUUCCUGCAAAUGAUUAUAAGAAGUUGUUAAAACGCGAUGGUUUAGAGUGGAAUAUAAUAAUUCUUCUCUGUCACCCACCUACUUUCGUUAUUCUACUUGAUGUUACAAACUACAAUAUACCUUAUUGAAACUUAUUAACGACGUGAAAGUAUCAUCCGAAAUUAAAUGAGUUUAUUUCCUUCAAUAAUUUCCAAAUUUUAUGGCAUUCUCUACGAAAAUAUAUUUUAAUAUACUCAUAAAACGUUGAAGAUUAAAAUUUAAGAAAGAAUACUCAUAUCUUUUGGUAACAUCACAUAAUAGUCACACAAAAAGAAAGUUUGACAUAUGUUAAACUUGCUACAUUUGUCCAUAGUUUGGAACUCCCGGUUUAUUCCAACUGUUUUCGCUGCAUACAGCAGUAAGAAUUUUCACAAGAGAAAGUUUUGACACAGGAAACUGAAUAAGUAUACAAAGAGAACUGCCUUUCGGGUUGCGAUGGCUGACAGAAGGAUUGUAAAAUUAAAUGUUGGCGGUAUGUUUUAUACGACUACUCGCGAAACAUUACUUAGUCAGCCGGACACCUUGUUCUAUGAAAUUCUAUCCAAAGAAUCCAAUUGGCCUCGAGACGAACGAGGAAGUUAUUUUGUGGACAGAGAUGGACACUUGUUCAGGUAUGUCCUAAAUUUCAUGCGGACUUCCAAACUGUUGCUUCCAAAUGGUUUCAGAGAACUGUUGAUGUUGAAAGAAGAAGCUGACUACUUUGAAAUAGAUUCCCUACUACAGCGAAUUGAAACCUUAGACCAAAAUCGCAAAAAACAUUGCAGAUCAAGAAGAAAAAAGUCUUUUCAUUCCUCUCUUGAAGUUCUAAAUCUAAAUCGAAGUGAUUUUGAAUUAAUUGGUGAUAGUGAGUGGUGGGAAGGUUAGAAAAUGUGCCUAAAAAAUUUACAAAAUCAAAAUUAUCUUCCCACUAUUGUUUAACCUUUUCAAAUGCAGAAAAAUUCUUCAUAAUUUUUUGCAGCCCUUCCAGAAGAUUUAUUCAUAUUGAAUUAAUAUUUUUGGGUUCCAUAUCAUUAUGAUAAAAGGCAGUUAGAUAUAAAAAAAAUUAACAUGAAACAAAAAUAACAUAUAUAAUCAUUAUUCAUUAAAAUGCAAAAAUUUACAAAACAAAAAUUGCCCUAAUGUUUGAGAUAUGAAGUGACAUUUGUUUGAAUGAGUGACACCAAGUAUCAACUGUAUGUAUGUGUGUAUAAUUACAGUAGAAACAUUGGAUGUGAAUGUAUGAUGAUACUACGAUAUAAUAAUGAGCUGUAGACAUUCAUAUACAUAAAAGUUUUUUCAUAUGAAAUCGUUAGAAGUUAUUUGUUAUAAUGUAUUGCUUUUAUACAUUAUAUACAAAAUUCUAUAAAACAAAACACAUGGCAAAAUCUGGCAUAAAAAAGUUAGUUGAUGCAAUUUAUCAGAUUUCAUUUUAUUUUUUUCUUAAUACAAUCUGACUGUACAGGCAAUACAUUUUGCAAUGAUUAGGCAAUAUGUAAAAAAAGGUCAAGUUGACUUACAAGUACAUGAAUUUUCAAUUGUUAAGUAAAAACUCUUAUACAUACUAAUAUGCCUGCAUUCAACUUUUUUAACAUUAAUGCAAGUAAUUUCCUUAUUCUUGUAUAUUAAGUCAAUAAAUAGUGAAUGACCAAAUUUACCUUGGCCAGAUUGAGUUUCAAAAAUUUGAAGUCUAUAAUUUCCAUUAGUUACAUGAGCCAAUUUCUACAUGAGUGCUACAUAUAAGAUAUAUAUCUAGGAAUUCAAUUAUAUCAACUAUUGUCUAUAAUAUAUCAUUAAUAUAAACCAUCCCUACAAGAUGUUUCUAUGAAACACACAAUUUAUAUCACAAUUUAUAACUCGGUGGUUAUUAAGGACUUACUAAAGGAUUUUUUUAAAUAUAUAUUUCAGUGUACAUUUUUAUAUAAUCUUUUAUUAUAUGUAGUCUUUGACUCACCUCUCUCUUUCUAUAUACAUAUAUGAUUAACAAUGAAUUUUU